CAUGUUGAUAUUUUCUUUCUUUUUUUGUCAUAUACCGACUCACAUGUAUUUGAGAACGAAAACGCUAUGAAAGGAAACAUGAGAAAUAUGGUGGAUAAUUAGGGAUUUAACGUUGAGCUGUUCUUUGUUUUAAAGAUUUGUGGUGAUUACAAAUGUGCAGUGAUAUAAAUACUAAAUUGGAGUAGGAUAAGACAACCAGAAAUGUCUUCAAUGCAUUUCGUUGUUCAUCCUUUACCUGGGACAGAGGAUCAACUCAUAGAUAGACUACGAGAAGUAGCUGAGCGCUGGAAUAGAUAUGGGACUGGGGCUGGUCCAUCAGCCCUCGCCUCUUUGAGAGGUGUACGAGCCGUUACAGCCGGUCCUGCUUACAUAGCUUGCCUUUUGGAAGAUGGGAGUAUAUGCCGUGCUGCAUUCUCCAUUAUACCUGACCGACUAGAUCUGAGUAAAGCUGACGCGAGUAAGAAUGGCGGCAACGGUGGAGGCGGAAGCGGGGGAGGCGGCCCCAGUGGGGGGAAGCAGGGAGGAAGUGGAAGUGGCUGCGGUUCCAGACAGCAGCCACGCACUAGAGCUAGAAUCAUGCGGAACUCGAUACGUGCCGCACCUAGUUCUCAAGGCUCUACAAGUCGCGCAACUGGUGUGAUAAUUGGAGCGUCUGGAUCAGGAAGGGUUGUGUCUACAGUUCAAGCACCGUUUGUGCCGGAAGACCUGGUCACACAGGCACAAGUGGUGCUGCAAGGCAAAAGUCGGAGCCUCAUUAUAAGGGAGCUGCAGCGCACAAACCUAGACGUGAACCAGGCGGUCAACAACCUACUGUCGCGCGACGACGAGGAAGGCGAAGAGCCGGAGGGGGGCGAGGGAGGCGACGGCUACGUGCCCGAGGACCUCAUCUCCCUCCUUGACGGCGGGUUCCACGCCACCCAGCAGGACCAGUCCGUGGUCAUCGACGCCGACACCAUGUUCUCCGAGGACAUCUUCGGGUACGCGGCUAUCAGAAGUGUGUUUAUGAACAGUCGUAGCGGGGGUGGGAGCAGCGGCGGGCGAGCCGGCGCCAGUCGCGAGGGCGGCAGCUCGGCCCAGGAGCGGUCGUCAGGCGAGUUCAGCCGGUGGCGCGACCGACAGUACUACAGCGGCCCGCGGCGUUGGCUCGAGUCCGCCCUGUCGUGGGACAAGGAAGGAGUUGAAAACAAAAAGAAGGAUUCUGCAAUGGCAGCAUCUCCUCUAUGGGUGUCCGAGGAGCUGGAGUAUUGGGACAGUAACAUCCGCUUUACGCACAUCGCUGCUACCUACAGCGAACUCAUAGCAAUCUCAACCCAGGGUCAGCUGCACCAAUGGCGUUGGUCUGACUCUCACCCCUACCAACGAAAUGAUGCGCUAGGUGGAACAUACCACCCGCGAGCAAACUGGCUGGGAUUGACUUCUGGAGAAAAGAUUGUGAAAAUCAGUGCAGCUGGUAUCAGAGUUUCUGUGCUAACAGAUUCUGGAAGAAUUGCAACCUUUUUGGACGAGUCUAUUGCACACGCUCCAGGCGCUGCUCGUUUAGAGCACCCACUACAAGCGUUUUCUGAGUUUGGAACGGACAAACCGGUGUCUCUUCACGUUUGCUCUCUUUACACUGUCGCGAGACUAGAAUCUGGAAAUUUGUAUUGGUGGGGUGUGCUACCAUUGGGGCAGCGCGCUCGCCUGUGGGAGAAGCACCGCGCGCGCUCGCGUAAGCAACAGCGAGGACACUCGUCGUCCGCGCCGCAGGACCUGCAGGCCGGACAGAGUGUCACCAUGAAGAAUGCGCCCAUGUACCAACCCGGCGCUAUAGGUUUCAAUAUGUCUACUGGGGUUCCUAAAGUGGGCAUACUACAGAAUGCGGCCUGGAAUUUGUCAGAUGCUUGUCGCUUCAAGUUGUUGCCUCCCCCUCAGCCAGACAGAUCUGUAUCCGAUAAAGACAAACGAGACUUGCAGAACCAAUCGCCUCUGACAGUGUCGUCUGUAAAGGCGUCGUCUUCCAGUGGUACCAGCAAAGAUAACAAUAAGGACAGUAACAAGGACAUGGCAGAUCGGCUGGACAUGCCCCCACCUCCCAGCCCUGCUUCUUCCACCUGCAGUGAUACAAGCACUUCACACAAACGAGCGAAGCGCGUAACCGUGCGCGGUGAAGAAGGUUCGUCGAACGAUGGCUCUAAGCGAGACGAGGAGGAGUGGCCAUUGAAGGAAGUGGUUUUCCUCGAAGACGUCAAGAGUGUACCGCUAGGACGCGUCUUAAAGGUCGACGGCUCGUAUGCCGCCGUCCGAUUUCCGUCAGUCGGUAAAGACGGGAAGGAGAUUGUGCCAUCGACACCCGACGAUUGGACUGCCCUGCUUCAGGACUGUCGUCUUGUACGGAAGGAUGACUUGGUAGCGGUCAAAUGGGGCGCCGGCGGCUCGGCUGGCCCUCGCGGACCGGAUUGCUUGCAACGGUCGCCGAGGAAAAUAUCCUUGCCUCCUGAUCUACAAGUUAUAACUAUUGCUGUGGACAAUCGCGGCGUACACGCCGUGGUGCGUCGUCCGGGCGGCGCGCUCGCGUACGCAGUGUACGCUGUUGGCACCACACGCGCGCUCACCGACAGCACCUUCCCCACUGACAACAGCGCCCUGCUGGGACACUCCAACGGCCAGGCCAUCCAUUUGGCCACGGCAGCAGAGGGCAGCGAGCCGGUCGUGGUGCUAGUGGACGGUAACGGCGCCCUGUACCCUGUGGCUCGCGACUGCGUGGGCACCGUCCGCGAGCCGCCGCCGCUCAACCUGCCGCCGGCGCGCGCGCUCUCUGCGCACGCACUGCCGCUGCAGCCGCACGGCGCCUCCCAUCCACACCAUGCAGCGCUCAAAUCACAGGUGGCUCUUAUAAUAAUUGUACCGGAGCCGCAACUAAUGAUGCCACGUGUUCUACGCUGCGAUCUCGACGGCGUGCGACAGUUGCUCCAUCAAUUGGAAACUGAUCCCAACAAGCAACAAAUACUUUCGAUUCUGCAAGAGCGUUGUGACGGAAAUCGCAACAUUUUGCACGCCUGUGUGCAUAUGUGUGCACCGACAUCCAACAAAGAACCUGAUAUUGUAGAAAGCCAGUCCAUGCCUAAUAUACCGACCGGUACAAGCGGGAAUGGUGCCAGCGCGGAGGAGGCGGUUCCAGCGCUAUCAUGGCCACCGGAAACUUUCGAGGCGUCCGGCGAUGAAGACAGUUUGAUGGGACUAACAAAUAAUGGUAAAAUCCCGAGUGGCACGAACAGUGGGACGGGCGCGGUGAGCGCUGACCCCGCUGAGAGGAGGGGUAACGCAUUGUCCGCUCUGCGUGCACUGUGCGAGAGCACUGCUCUGCAACCCUACCUAAUGCAGCUACUUACCGCCAAGGAUGGCAUGGGACAGACGCCGUUGAUGGCAGCAGUAGCUGAGCGCGCGUACCGUGCAGCGCUCGUGAUUCUGGACGCGAUUCGCGCGUGUCCCGACGCGGACGAGGUGCAACGAUCCGCCGCCAUAUUUCCGCCCAACGCCCACCCCGACCACUCCCCGCUGCUUGUGCUGUGCUGUAACGACACCUGCAGUUUCACAUGGACUGGCCAAGAUCAUAUUAAUCAGGAUAUAUUUGAAUGUAAAACAUGCGGUCUAACUGGAUCGUUAUGCUGUUGCACUGAGUGUGCCAAGGUAUGCCACAAAGGACACGACUGCAAAUUAAAACGAACGUCCCCGACCGCUUACUGCGACUGCUGGGAGAAGUGCCGUUGCAAGGCGCUGGUCGGCGGCAACUGGGCCGCGCGCUGCGAUUUACUCGCAAGACUCGCCAGAGACACGCAACUCGCUACUCACUUCAACUCCAGAGGCGAGUCGAUCCUGCUGUUCCUGGUGCAGACGGUGGGCCGUCAGGCGGUGGAGCAGCGUCAGUUCCGCGCGGGCGGCGGGCGCGGGCGGGCGCCUCGGAAGCAGCCCGGCUCCGACGCCGAGCUCGACGUGCCCGACCAUGAUCUCGAGCCGCCGAGGUUCGCGAGACGAGCCCUAGUGCAUUUGCUAGGUGACUGGGCGGCGGUGGAGGCGGCCGUGAUGUGCGGCGCCAGCAGCGGCGACGAGCCGGCGUCGGCGUCACAGCAGUCCGGCACGACACUCCUCGACAAGUUCACUCAUGCGCUUAUUGUCAAGUGUACUAAUGAGAUGUUGGACACCCUUUUACAUACGCUCAUAAGAGAACAACAAAACGACACGAUACCGAAUCGCGCCGAGCGUGCCAGAGAAGUUACGCGUAGAUUUGUACGCUCUGUGGCGAGAAUAUUUGUCAUAUUUAGCGUCGAAAUGGUGCCCGGUGCAGCUAAGAAAAAAGGACCAUUAUCAAUAACUUCGUCGCUGGUGCGCUGUCGAAGAGUAUUCGCGGCGCUCGUGGCUUUAGCAGUGGAGGAACUAGUAGAAGCCGCAGAUGCGCUGCUGGCUCCCGUGCGUCUCGGAGUAGUGCGGCCCACUGCGCCCUUCCCUCUCGCUACUACUUACGUGGAUCUUGUGAACGACAGCGAAGAUCUGUUCGGCGUUGAGCCCUUGUCCACGGGGCACUCGCGUCAUACUCACGCGCGAAGGGAGUCGAAUGCGGGCGGCAGUCGGGGCGCGGCGGCGGGUGGUACGUCCAUGGGUAGUUCCACCCUAGUGCCCGACCGCACGUCCACGCCCGUGGCCACUGAGUACCCGGAUGACGUGGCCGGGGAGCCGAUGGGCGCGGACGACGAUGCGUCUGAAACCGACGAGCCCAAUAUACCCGCGCCCGUGCCGCAGCCGGAUGCGCAGCACACUGAUGAUCCUAUGGGUGAUAGGGGCCAAGAGCAGCACGUGGUAGUCGAGAACGGCACGGAGCGCGCGGAGGGCGGCGAGAGCGAGAGCGAGCUCGACCUGCUCGCCGAAGUGGAGACGGAGAGCGACUCCGACGACCAGGAUAACGCCGAGUCCGCGCAGCGCAGCGUGCAGACCGGCGCCACGCAGGGCUCCGACGCUGGCAUAGCGUCGCUGUUGUUGUACCCCGAGGACGAGAGCGGCGACUCGACGCAGCCCGAGGACGAGGACUCUGAGGCGGGCGAGACGGACGAGCAGGACGCGGAGGCUGAACCGCCGCUACACGACGGCGAGACGCUCGAGCGACGCUCUGCCCCGCCCUCCCGACCCAAUCUGGCGCCACAUUCCAUGCAGUGGGCGAUACGGAGUUCGCGCGAGACCGCGCGCAUUAGCACGGCGGGGACAACAGGCGGCGUGCGGCUGACGGGCGCGUCGUCGCUCGUGUUCAUAGACCCGAGCUCGCUGCGCCGCUCCACCGCCGCCGCUGCGGGCGCGCACGACCCCCACUCUACUUCCACUACUGCGUCCUUCCUGGCGAGAGCGUUUGGUAUCGUUAUACGCCAAAUUGCCGAUCUUCUAUGGGAUUACGAGCGCGUAACCCUUCCACUGCCGCGGAUGUUACCGCUGGCUAUUCGCGAAGCACUUCGGCUGCAGUGCUACUUGGAAAGACAACUGAAACAGACAUGGGACUGGCUCGUCACUGUCAUGGAUGCCACGGAAGCCCAACUAAGAUUCGGUGCGUCAUUGACUUCAAACAACGCCGGAUCAUCUAGCUCUGACGCCGGACGCUCCGCAGUGCCGGCGGCGCGACGCACUAUAUCACUGACCUCGCCCACUACUCGAAUUAUCGGAUUUACUGAAGGACCACGUGCUAGAGACAGAGAACAAGGCGUGGAAGCGGGCAGCGCGCGUCGCGAGUUCCUGGCGUACUGCCUGUCGCUGCUGCGCGCGCACAGCGCCGAGCACGCGGAGCAACUGCCCGUGCUCGACGUGGCGGCGCUCAAACACGUCGCGUACGUGCUCGACGCGCUAGUGUACUACAUGCGGGCCGCGCAGCCCCAGCCGCACCAUCACCAUCAUCUUUGGACUUCGGAUGAGAACGAGAACGAGGAGGGCGAGGAGGAAAUGGUGGUGGGCGGUGGUGCGGCCGCCGAGUCUGACGGGGAGAGUGACGGCGUGCGCGGCCGAGCUCAUGCGUUCUUCCAGCGGUCAGAGUCCACGCUGUGUCUAGGGUGCCCGCCGCCUGACCCCUUCAACAUGACGAUGCAAGACGCUCUGCCGUUGGCUGACCAGCCCCAGCUGCUGCAGCCUAACGCUCGCCGCGAGGAGCUGUUUGGUAUGCCGCGGCAGCCUGUCACCGUGCCCGCUACCGGCGACGCUCCACCCGGCGUCAAUAAUCCGCUAGAAGUGGUACCUCGCCGGCUUGGUCUAUCGUGCAGAGGCACCGAGCGAGGCUGGUCGCCGCCCGCGCGCCCCGCCUCCGCUCCACCCGCACAUUCGCACACGGUACCUAGAGACGAGCCACAGGAUCUGUCAUGUGCAAAGGAUAAUGUUACGAAAAUGGAUAUUGACACUGAUGGAGAAUAUUUGUCAGACUCAGAUUCUAAUGAAGCGAGACAACAAAUACCCAGAAAGAAACAUCAUAGGCAUCCUCACUUAGCAUCAACAAGCAGCAGCCACCAGGAGCCCAAUGCGUCAUCGUCCGAGUUCCACACGCUGGUAGACACAGCUUGCUCCAUCAUGGAGGCACCUCAACAACAGACCAUCACUGUAUUGCCUAGUUCUGGCCCCAGCACUUCCAGCGCGGCGACCCAAGAGCCCCGCGCGUCGUCGUCUCGCAGCCCGGGCAAGACCGUUAUUGUACGUGCUGGUGAGCUGCUAAGUGCGGCAGAUCCAUUGGAAUCUCAGGAGAUCUCGGCGCACGUGACUGUGGAGACCACUGGCCUCCCGCCACCGCCGCUGCUGCCACCGCAAGUACUCACCGCACCCGCGCCACCUCGCGCGUGUCCAUCGCUGGGCGCGUCGGUAUCGCACGAUCUGCUGCUCGGUCGCUGGCGGUUGUCGCUGGAUCUGUUCGGGCGCGUGUUCACGGAAGACGUAGGACUGGAGCCGGGCUCCGUCGUCGCCGAGCUCGGCGGCUUCCCCGUCAAGGAGGUCAAGUUCCGGCGAGACAUGGAAAAGUUGAGAAACUCGCAGCAGCGCGACCUCACCUUGCAUAAGAUGGAGCGGGACCGUGCGAAGUUACUGCAGCAGACGUUCUCUGAGCUGAACAGCGCAUUCGCGGGGCAGAACCGGCGCGCGCAUAGUGCGCAACCGCCGCUGGCCGUAAACCGCGUCAAGGUCACGUUCCGAGACGAGCCGGGAGAGGGCAGUGGCGUCGCCCGCUCCUUCUACACCAGUGUCGCCGAGGCGUUACUCGCAAACGAGAAACUUCCACCACUAGAGUCAACCACGGGCAGUAGCAAUAACAGUAGCAGCACCAACGGUACGUCGGGGUCGGCUGGGACCGCUGCGAAUGGAGCUAGCAGUAACAGCGGCACGCGGGGUGGAGCGGGUCGAGCGCGGGCGAAAGACAGCGCGCGGCGCGGUCCAGGUCGCCCCGCGCCGCGUCCGCCGGCCGCGCGUGAGCCCCGUCGCGUGCUGAGCGUCGACGCGCGACCAUACUCACCUCAGGCUGCACCGGGAACGGAGGGCGCUGGCUGGCUCGGCGGGGACCGGCCGGGAGGCCACAAUGAACAUCUCACCCUACACCAGGCGCAACUAGGAGAAAGAUUAUACCCAAAGGUUCAUUCUCUUCACCCCACGUUCGCUGGAAAGAUUACGGGAAUGCUUCUAGAACUAACUCCUGCCCAGCUCCUAGUGCUACUAGCAAAUGAAGAUGCGUUAAGGCAGAAAGUUCGAGAAGCGAUGGAUUUGAUUGUUAUGCACCCUUCAGAAGCAAUAUUAGAUUUAGAUGUGUUCUCGCUGUCGGAGCGCGGCGGCACGAGCGGCGCAGGCAGCGGCAGCGGCGCGGGCGGGGCGGGCGGCGCGGCGCCCGGCAGCGCCGCUCCCGCGCCCGACGACGUCGCACCGCUGUUCUACUCGCCCGGCAAGCGCGGCUACUACUCGCCCAGGCAGGGACGCCCCACGCCGGAGAGGAUCAACGCCUUUAGAAAUGUCGGCAGGAUCGUCGGCUUGUGUCUCCUACAAAACGAGCUAUGUCCUAUGUUCCUAAACCGGCACGUGCUGAAAUACAUUCUGGGCCGGCCUGUGAGGUUCCACGACCUGGCGUUCUUCGAUCCCGUCGUGUACGAGAGCCUGCGACAGCUCGUCGUCGACGCGGAGACGGGAGAUUCCCAUUCCCUUUUCGUUGCCCUAGAUCUCAACUUUAGUUUGGAAAUGUGCGAGGAAGAAGGUGGCGGUUGUGUGGAGCUCGUGCCCGGUGGUCGGGAAAUAGAAGUCACGGCGCUCAAUGUGUAUGACUAUGUACGGAAAUACGCACAGCAUCGAAUGCUUAUUGCUCAAGAGAAAGCGUUAGAGGCGAUGAGAGUAGGUGUAUUAGAUGUUCUACCCGAAUCUGCACUAGAAGGUCUAACAGCGGAAGACCUGAGGUUGCUGUUGAAUGGCGUCGGUGACAUUAAUGUGGCCGCUCUAGUAUCUUAUACAAGUUUCAAUGACGAAAGUGGCGAGCCUCCGGAGCGGCUUGCGAGGUUUAAACGGUGGCUCUGGGCUAUUGUAGACAAGAUGACUCAUUUAGAGAGACAAGACUUAGUUUAUUUCUGGACUGGGUCACCCGCUUUACCGGCGUCGGAGGAGGGCUUCCAGCCGAUGCCGUCGGUGACGAUACGGCCCGCCGACGACGCUCACUUGCCCACGGCCAACACUUGUAUAUCGCGGCUCUACAUACCGUUAUAUUCUUCGAGACAUGUACUAAAGCAUAAAUUAUUAUUAGCAAUUAAAACAAAAAAUUUCGGCUUCGUUUAGUCGCCUUUCUGCCACUAUUGACUAUGUGUAUUUAGUUGUAAGACCGGUCAUUUUGAGACUGCCGUUACAAGCUAUCAUUGUUAGUACUACGAGACUAUAGAACUUUUAUCGAUAAACACUAUAAAGCGAUACUACUACAUUUUAAAUUUAGAUUCUAUUACAUACUUAUACAGUAUGAUGUGUUUUUGACGAAUAUGACUGAAAAUUAUAUCUGACUGAAUAGUUAAUAUAUUUAAACAAUAUUUCCGUAUAUAUCGACGUAUAAUUGAAAUACUUGACACUCCUUUACCUCUGGUUCUUAUAAUCGCGUUAGGUAAGAAAAUUGAGAUGUUUCAGUUAGAUGACAGUCAACAGGAAAACUGACCGUAGCAUGCAAGUCUUGUAAUGGUAUUUAAAGCUUAGUCAAGUGGUCUUGUAAAGGUGUAUCAAUGCACAUUUAGAAAAAAUCAUACCUAUGUUUAACUAUAAAUGCUGAGACUUAGAUAUAGAGCUUUCAUUUUUGUAAAUUCUUUACAUAGUUAUAUAAAUAAACAUUUUACUUUGCAAUAUUGUUCUGUUUUAAUGCAUUUUUUUCACACUUAUUAUUUGGGUUUCAGUAAUUCUGUUGUAACAAUGUCAUUUUAAAAGCAUAUACUCAUGUAUAUUAUGUCGGUUUGGGGCUACACUGAUUUCUUUGACUUGAUUGCCAGAGAUAACAAUUUCAGUUUACGGUGGUCAUUGUGAUAAAAGAGGAAGUAUUAUGCACCUCUCAUCUCUAAAUAAGGAUUAUACUAGAUAUCCUCUAAUUAGUUGUAUUUAUUAAGGUUCAUAAUAAAUAUUUCCCAAAACGCUU